ACUCCAGCAACUACAUCGAAAAUGUCAAUCGCAGUAGACAUUCAAUCACUCCCUUCCGAAGUUCUUAGGAACAUUCUUUUUUUCGUGCGCAAUGAGAAAAAUGGCCGAGACUCGAUCAAAGAGUGUCGCUUGGUUUCACACUGCUUCCACAAUGCUGCAUCGCCAUUGCUCCUUACCGCAGUUUCCGUUAGUCUUACCUCCAAGUCUUUUACUCGCUUAGAAGAUAUUUGCCAUCACCCCAUCUUCAGCAAGUCUGUGCAAAGCGUCAGCAUAGUCACGUCAUAUUACGAAACGGAAUUAGCCUGCAACAGACCACUGUUCAUGCUCGAGGCUAAGGCUAGACUGCUUCGACACGUAGAAACCAUGGAACGGUCGAGAUACUACCGGAAUAAAUAUCCCCACACACGAGAACAAUUCCAAUGGCUGUCAAAUAUGGCUUGGAGAACAGAACCUGAAUUUGAACAACUUUUCAGUGACCAAGUUGACGAAGAAUCACGUACACCUACUCAAAGGCUAUUUCUCAAGCUCUACGAUCUAUACAAAGAACUGCACAAUGGCCAGCAACAACUUCGAAAAGGCCAAAACCACAUCACUCGGUUAUGCGCCGCCUUAAGUUCCUUAUCCAAUCUGGUAUACUUGGAGGUUAAUGAUGUCAGAAAUAAUGGAGGCCUGGAGCACUUGGAUGCUGCUGACUUUGCCCAUACUGGAUAUGAUGAUACAAUACUGCAACACUUCAGCCCUAUCUUGCGCAAGUCGAGGUGGUGUGGCUCUUUCAAGACAAUUCAUACUGCAACCCCACCCGUCGAGAUGAUCGGGACAUUGUGCUCUGAACUUGCUGACAAAGGUUUGAGACCUAGGAUAAUUCGUCUCCGCUUAGUCCCUCCGCCUAGUAUGCAAGCCUGGAAACCAUCUCUAUUGCAGCAGAGUGGAUUAAAGAGUCUGGUCUCUAAAACCACGAAACUAAAAUUAUAUGUGGACUUCGAGGCACGGAGCUUUGAGCUUAAGGAAAAUCCUAGGCACGAGAUGCUUGCACUUUGCUCUAUCACUCAGUCCUUUUUGAGCGCACCUCAUCUUGAGGACAUUCAUGUUGAGUUUAUUGGCUACCCUCGGCUUAAUAGGAGGCCAACUAUCUCUUUGGAAGAUGUCCUGCCUGCGAACGUUUUAUGGCCACGACUUCGGUCUCUGAGCCUAUACAAUCAACCUUUUACAGUAAAGCAGAUGAGGUCCUUGGCCACCCGACACUCGGAGAUCCUGCGAAACAUGGACUUGCAAGCUUGCUGGUUGCUGGAAGGCAGCUGGGAUGAUCUUGAGGAAGUUGUUGAAGGCCAACGGGACCUGGAGAAAAGUAGUAUAAAAUAUCCAUCAGGUGGAAACUAUAGCUAGACUACUAAAUCCUCCCUGCUAUACCACUCACUGGCGCUGGGAUUAGUUCGAUUCGGCUACUUAUCGAUAGCUGGCAUAAUCUCUUUUGUUUAUAUUCUGGACCUCAUUUGUAGUAUCUACCUCUUUUGAUGGGAUACUUAAUAUGCAAGGGUAACGUUGUUUUUAAUACAUAAUAUAACGCAAGAGCGACAUCCAUCUACUUUAGUAUCUAUGAACAGAAGGGGUCCAUGAGCUUAUCAUCAAGAGCUGACUUAAAUCUUAGCUUGAGUUGUCUCUUUGGCCAGUUGUGCACGGAACUGCUUGGUCCAUUGCCUAACCGCCAAGUCCAACAGCACAUCCUCGCUUCCUCCAGGAAUCCUGGCUCCAGGAACUUCUCGAUAAAUCUCUGUGUCGUCGAAUCAGCUCUCUAUCUCGCUGUAAAAGUAUCUGCUGAAUGACUUACUCUCGGCAAUCUCACCCUUGCCCGUACGCGUAUAACCGUUGCCGCCGAACAAUAGAACAGCGCAUCUUGCACACUCGUCAAGAACAAUGCCAGCGUUGGCUUUGCAUAGAGCGGUAAGGCCACCGAGUUCUUGGUCUGCUGUUUCCUUAGGCAUCUUGGAGAGCUGGUAUGCGAAUGAUUCUACCCAGGACCAUUGCGAUUCCAGGAUUGCACCACAUUUAGCCAGUCGGUGACGUACCACGGGUUGUUCUAUGAGAGUCUUAACAAAGUCAGCUGUGAACUACAUCUAGUACACCUUCUGAAACUACCUUGUUGAAUGCCUUGCGCUGAAGACAAUAUGCGAAGGCACUGCUCAGGGCAACUCGAGCCUGGCGGGUGACACCAACAGAGAUGAACAUGCGCUCGUGGUUAAAGUUAUGCAUGAUGUACUUCAUGCCCUCGUUCUCACGCCCGAUCAGGUUUUCCCGUGGGACUCUCACAUCAUCAAGUUCGAUAAAGGAAGUUCCAGCCACAAUCUGCCCUGCAACUUUGAGUCGUCUCCUUGUCACGCCAGGGUGGUCCUUGAGUGGGACUAAGAUUAAAGAAAUGCCUUUUCCUCCAGAGUUUUCCUCACCAGUUCGGACAGCCAUGCUAGCAUAGUCUGCCAUCAUUCCGUUGGUAAUCCACUUUUUGGUCCCGUUAAUGAUAUAUUCGUUGCCACUCAGCUUAGCCGUGGUGGUGAUGUUGGCGACAUCAGAGCCAGCACUAGAGGUGAGAUCAGUAAUGCUCUCAUUGAGUGAUAUCUUUAACCCACUCUGGUUCCGUAAUAGCAAUGCAGAUUCUCUUUCGCCCCACUAGGAGGUCAGGAAGAAAUCUCUCCUGUAGCUGAGGCUCUGCAUAAUGCAACAGAGGAGGAAUACCAAAGGCAACGCCAGUGGUGAUGGAGCCCGGUGGUCCAGCAAGGCCGGAGCGGCUCAUCUAGUGUUCAAUACAGUCAAUGUAACGAUUGAUAAUGCGCCCGUGUAACAUCAUAC